GGACCUGCUUCACUGAACUAGACCUUAAGCUGGAACCUGCGCUGUUAUUCACCAGAAUAUAAAAAGUGAGGUCUCUAAUGAUGAGUUUGUGGGAAAAAAGAAGUUUCAGAGGAUGCUGAUUGAUGGCAUCAGUGAAAAAAAGCGGCAGAGACUCACGGACGCUGAUAUAACUGAAACUGAUAUUGUUUCGUUCAAAUGCUCCAUAUAAAGCACGCGCAUCUGCACUUUUAGGUUUUCCUAUUGUUGGCGCACAUUUAUUACAUUUUGUACUCUCACAGGAUGAAGACCCCCAAAAGACCGCGUUCUCGUUUCUUCUCUGUUACUUAACCCGCCUCGUUUUUCUGUAUCUCUCAGUCUCACAGAGCAGUUAAUGAACCCUCGACGCCAAACGGACCGCAGUGCGCACUGGCAAGCUGUUGCGCGCUUUGCUGCUGCUGCUGUUUCUCAGAAUAAGGACACUUUUUCUUCCCCCCCCCGCUGGUGUUUAAAUGGGUUUGCUCAUCUGGACAUGACAGGAACGAGAAGAAAAGCACCAAAACUUUACUAGCGGCACAAACAAUGAGCGGAAUCUAACAAUCUCACUCUGCAGAUUGAGAUUUACUCUGGUUCUUUUAGUCAUGAACACAGCAGAACAAUUAAACAUGACUCAAGUAGAAGAUUAUCAGCUUCAACCUUCUAACUGCUGCUCAACCGCGUACACAGUGUAUGGUGAGAACUUUCUCAUGGAGGAUGACAGCACAAGGCUGGUUGCAGUUCAAGUUAUCCUCAUCCUUGCUUACAGCACAAUCAUCCUGUUUGGAGUCACUGGGAACUCCUUAGUGAUAUAUGUCGUCUACAAGUUCAAAAAUCUGCGGACCGUGACCAAUUUCUUUAUCGUAAACUUGGCUGUUGCUGACUUGCUCGUAAACACGCUGUGCUUACCUUCCACCCUUGUCAACACCCUCUAUGGCAAAUGGAUGUUUGGUCAGGUGUUGUGCUUCAUGCUACCCUGUGCUCAAGGCAUGGCUGUGCACGUGUCCACCAUCACUCUGAAUAUCAUUGCUCUGGACCGCCACAGGAACAUUGUCUACCACAUGGAGACUAAGAUGUCCAAAGACAUGUGUGCUGUUGUUAUCGUCAUCACGUGGGCCGUCAGUGCCCUGUUGGCUAGUCCCCUUGCCAUUUUCAGGGAGUACGAGAUGCUUGAUCUGUCGCCGGCCGAGACUCUUCACGUGUGUGCGGAGAAGUGGCCGGGAAGCAGCAUGAAUGGAGCCAUCUACAGUACAUCGAUGCUUCUGGUUCAGUACUGUUUGCCUUUAAUAAUCAACUCUGUCGCUUACAUUCGCAUCUGGAAUAAACUGAAGAAUCACAUGGCUCAUCGAAACGAUCGAAAUGACCGUAAUCAGCGAAGGAAGAAGACCACCAAGAUGCUCCUGACCAUGGUGGUGGUCUUUGCCGUCAGCUGGUUGCCUUUCCACGCCUUCCAGUUGGCUGUUGACAUCGACAGCAGCGUGCCGUACAUGAAGGACUUCAAGCUGCUUUUCACUGUGUUCCAUAUCAUAGCGAUGUGCUCAACAUUCGUCAACCCCAUCCUGUACGGCUGGAUGAACAACAACUACAGGAUGGCUUUUAUGUCUGUGUUUAAGUGUUUCCCGCUUUCCAGCGUGACCGCAAGAUGCUCCAAAGCCAGAGAGACACAGAAAGACGAAGAUGGGGUUUGUACUGAUUGUAAAUCAACAAAUGUCUAAAGUUGCACAAUUUAAGGGAAUGGACUGAUAAUUAGUUGUUCAAAUGUGAAGUGUGUAUUUUAUGCUUAUUUUGGGCAUUUUGACCACACAUAAUAAUGGAUGAUUAAAAUGACUUUUUAAAUGUUUUAAAGGGCUUAAACUUUAAAAUAGCUAACUUCUAACAUCAAAUAGAGCAACAAAGGGGGGCAUCAUUAACACAUCUGUGAAACUGUACUCACGGCUUCGUAACAUACAUGUAUACGUCUUUAAUCUUAAUCAUUUAAAAUACGGCAGGAUCCAAUCUGCCAUCCGCAAUAUACUGGUGUUAUCUACAUUUUUGCAGUCAGAAAAAUAACUGACAAAUACCGCUGCAAUAAUGAACUUCUUCUCAAUUUUGAUUUCUGUUCAGCAACGCCACCAGUACAGCUCUCUUACAAUAUCUGCAUAACAUGAAUUGAUUUUAAGCUUUUCUGAUUUUUUCCUUCAAAUUCUUGUUUCGGCUCCCACCCUUAAGUUGCCACAAAAUCUUCUCAAAUAUCAGAAUAAGCUUCAUCGACACUAGAAUGAAACAACAAUAUAUUAUUACAUCUAGCUGAAAAGCAAAAACCUCUCAUAAUCUCACGUUUUUCUGAUUGUUCACCCUAAUCAUUUAUUUUCCUGCUCACGCUGAUGCCAGGCUGCACAGACUUUAAUGGCGUAUUUAUCGACACAUUUUACUGAAAUGUAGCAAAGGAUGUUUAAUUAAUUAAUUAGCUAAUUAGAUUAUUUUCUCACAAUAUGAAUAAAUAAUUAAAACAGUAAGCAUUUUUA